CAGAGAAAACUGAGGUAGAGCGCAGGGACAGGAGCCGCUGUUUCCAAUUCACCAUCGCAGAAGAACCCAUUUCAUUUCGUUCAUUUUUCGUUACCAUUCUUAACUCAGCGAUGGCACCGGGAUACUGACAGUCAUGACGAAUUCCCGAGCAAAGAAUCGGGUCUGAGUGCCAUGUGUGAUCCAUCUUUUUUGCGCCUUGCAUCACAGACCGUAUCAGGCUAAUGCAUUUUAAAUAUAUAGGACGCUUACAUGUACUGUGUACAUGUCUCCACAUAGAAUGACUACAGUAUGUGAGAGGACAACGCUGAUGCCAAUGGAUAUAAAGCGGAUUUAUUCACGUCGAAUAUAAGAUGUGUAUCGGUUUGGCGUGGGAGAAAAUGUCUUUGGCUCCAGCCAGAAAAUGAAGAUGGGAAGAAGCGCCCUGUCCUGUAGCCUGUAGAGAGAGCAAGUCGUUAUUUACAUAUCUACAUCUGCGCACAAGAUAAUGAUACUGACGCCGUGUCUCAGGAUUAAACGGUACCACAAAACACAACAGAAAUAGAGUAAAUGUGCUAUUAAUCUCUGCUUGAUUUAGUCGCCGUGUGAUGGGAAUAUACUGCUAAGGCUUGGCCUAGCUUUAUGGAGAACCCGAAGACAUGACAUGCACACGAAAAAAGAGGAAACGAUAUUUUUUGUUUUUUAAAACCCGUAUGUGUGUGAUAUUCCAGUUUCUGGCAUAAUAUUGUUUAAACUGUCCAGCAAAAGAUUUCCAGUGAAACAGAUAUUUUUUCUUCUGUUUUUCAGACGUGACCAUUCCCUGUAUUAAUUAAUUAAUUCAUUUUUUUUUUAUUCUCUGUUGUUCAUAAAGGAUGUCGCGGUUCAUCUUGGAUUACAAUUUGGAUUAAUGUGCAAUUCAUUGAACGCGUUGUACCGGGUCGAAAAAACGCACCUUUGCACCUUUUUGUGUGUGUUUUGUUUUUUCAUAUAUUUGCAACAAGCUCCUGUUAAGGCCUACAAUCGAGACAAGAUCCAUUGUCUGAGGGAACAUCGAUAAUUAUAGGUGUGGAGGCCAGAAGAGGUGGCAAGUUUGAAGGGACGCUCCAAAGAGAACUGUACAAAAAUGGGGCAAUGCAGAUCAAGCUUCUCUCCUUUCAUUUGAGACAACAACGAAAGGCAACCACGAGGACGGACAACAGCUCAGCCGGAGGAGGUGGAGGUGGAGGAGGGAGUAGAGGAAGCGGGGGUAAAGGAGGAGCUGAAGGAGGAGGUGUGCAAUUUGAGCAGCAAAAGGGAUGGCAAACGGAAACGCAAGCAGCGAUGGGCCUGGGAACCCCUUGGCGGCCGUGGUGUCCACGACAGGUGGCGUGAUGGGUGGAGCACCUUCCUCGGCCGUAUCUACCUAUGUGAAACUUGUCCUUCUGGGCUUGAUUAUCUGCAUCAGCCUGGUGGGUAACUUAGUGGUAUCCCUGCUAGUGUUACGGGACAGAGCCCUACACAAGGCACCCUACUACUUUCUUCUGGACCUCUGCCUCGCCGACACCAUCCGCUCGGCAGUCUGCUUUCCCUUUGUCCUGGUGUCUAUUAAGAACGGCUCAGCCUGGACUUACAGCGUGCUCAGCUGCAAGGUGGUGGCCUUCAUGGCCGUCCUUUUUUGCUUCCAUGCUGCCUUCAUGCUGUUCUGCAUUAGCGUCACACGCUACAUGGCCAUCGCCCACCACCGCUUCUACUCCAAGCGAAUGACCUUCUGGACCUGCAUUGCGGUGGUGUGCAUGGUCUGGACGCUGUCAGUCGCCAUGGCCUUCCCACCUGUCUUUGACGUUGGCACCUACAAGUUCAUCCGCGAGGAGGACCAGUGCAUCUUUGAGCAUCGCUACUUCAAGGCCAAUGACACGCUAGGCUUCAUGCUGAUGCUGGCUGUGCUAAUCCUGGCUACUCACGUGGUCUACAUGAAGCUCCUGCUGUUCGAAUAUAAGCACCGAAAGAUGAAGCCAGUCCAGAUGGUUCCAGCCAUCAGCCAGAACUGGACCUUUCACGGACCUGGAGCCACAGGCCAGGCAGCUGCAAACUGGAUAGCAGGGUUCGGCCGUGGCCCAAUGCCCCCCACUUUAUUGGGCAUCAGGCAGAACUUGCACAACCAGAACAGACGCCUGCUAGGCAUGGAGGAGUUUAAGGCCGAGAAGCAGCUUGGUAGGAUGUUCUAUGUCAUCACCUUGUUUUUUCUGGUGCUCUGGUCCCCGUACAUUGUGGCCUGUUACUGGCGGGUCUUUGUGAAGGCGUGCACCAUCCCGCACCGGUAUCUUUCCACCACCGUGUGGAUGAGUUUUGCCCAAGCUGGCGUGAACCCCAUCAUCUGCUUUUUCCUCAACAAGGACCUGAAGAAGGGCCUGCUGGCCCACCUGCCUCCCUGCUGUAGAACUCCACCUCAACUGCCCCGUGAGCCUUACUGUGUCAUGUGAAGAUGAGUGUUCAUUCAUAAUGUUUUUUUUUUCUCUCUCUCUCUCUUCUGGAUGGUCUGAGAGUGGACAGCCCGGGGGGAGGGAAUAAAAAGUCUUUAAAGAUGGAGACACGAACGAACUUUAUGAGCUGUUGUGGCCUUUGAUUCAGUUUAAGAUGCUUUAAAAGGGUGGAUGUCACGGAAUAAGCAUCUCCUGUCACCUAAAUGAUUUUAAGGGGGAAAUGGGCUCUACGCUAAUGUGUGGUUUGGUAAAUCAACUCUAAACAGGUUUGGAGAACCGUAUGUUUUGCGCUAGGGUGGUACAAUUCAACCAAACUGGUGGUCUAUUUUAUGGUGAAUAUAUGAAGGCUAUUUCAAAUGGCUUCUCAUGGUCGAUCUCAGCAAACAUUACCAUUUGGUUUGGCUCAGUAUCUGUAUCCCUUUACCAGGAUCCUUAGGGCCUUGAAUUCAAAGAUUUACAAAAAUAUUGUUCAUGCCUUGUGAACAGCUGCACUCCUGGUAGAGUAAUUUAUAUUAUUUGAACUACAGAUUCAAAAAUACUAUUAUGUGCAUGUGAAUUACCUUAUCUUUAAGGGGAAACAAACUUGAGAUUAAGCUAUUUUUAAGAAUGAGUGCCAAACAUAAGCCUCAAGGAAUGAAUGAGGCUGACAAAAAAAAAAAGAGAAAGUUCCUAAAAUUUACGCUAAUUGGUUUGGCUGAAUCCUUCCUGUGGCUCCAUCAAGGAGGAAUUAAGAUGCUAAUGAAAACAGUGUGUAUACAAAAGCAACUUCCAGAAAAAAUAAUGCUGAUUCAAAGGGAUUGUAAAUGAAAGGAGCUGACUGAAAAUAUGAAUCUGUGUGAAAUAUGGCCUAUUUAGGUUUGUAGGUGCUUUUUCUCUGAGCAACAUGUAAUUUAUUAUUUUUUUGUUCGUCUUUUUCUCUCUCUUAACUCUAUUUACUCAUUAAUUCUUAAAAUAUUUUCUAGCAUUGCACAAAGGAACUCAUACCCUUAUAAUUUCCAUAAUGAAUCUGAACAUGUGACCAGUCUUACGAUAUCCAGACCAAGAAAAGGUGAAGUAUUUUACUGUAAGUGGUUUCAUUUUGUGAAGAGACAGAUCGGGAUUGAGUGAAAAUACUGAUCUGUUAAUGAUGUAUAUCGUUUAAACAACUGAUCGUUUAUCCUUCCGAACGAUUGCACAGAAGGUGUUGUAGAGGAGAAGUUACUUAGUCUUUUGCGUCUUGAAUUACUUGAAUGAAAGUUUGCUAGCCUAACGGAGCUAUACAAAAUCGAAGCGUUUUUAUUAUAUGUGAUUUUCAUACAUGUAUCUUGGACGUUAAUGAAUUCAGCCUUUACAUUUUCAAUCAUAUGUAAGUGAAAAGUAGGUUGCAUUAGAGGUAUUUUAGUUUGCAUUUACUGUGUGUUACAUACUAACACAUGAUAUGUGGAUUCCUGAAAAGAAGUUGUUGGUCAGGUAGUAACAAGGAACCCAAAGUUGAAUGUUUGUGCUGGAUUGAAGUCUUACAGCAUAAUUCGGCCUCCUGUUAAGCAAAAAUCAAUAAAAAUAUGAAUGUGUUUGAGAUAAGGAAAAUACAAGAGCUGUUAGUGGAAUGUUUAGAUUUAUUUUUUAAAGUAUUCCAUUUCAUUAGGAGCUAACAAGUGAGUGAACUAAAUUCCGAAAACGCAUUCAGUGUCAAAUGAAUUUCCCUUAAUAUUUUGCACACAACUCAAGAAAUCACUGAUCAGCCACAUGAUUUCUCUGGCAUAUUUUGACUUGAAUCAGAAUGCUGACCAAUGCAGACAGGACAGAUUGUAAUAUUUCUGUGAAUGUUCAAUGAGAUCUUUCUGUCGGUAGGCAUGGAUUGGUAGGAGUGAUCAGACUUUCUUUUUCUGAAACCUGUCAUUGCGAGAAUACAGAAAAACAGCAGAAAAAACAUCUAUGAUGAACAGAAAAAGAGGAAUAAUUAUUUCUGUUUAUCUGCAUUUUAUGCCUUACUCCAUUACCAAGAUUUCAUGUUACCAAUGCAAGAAUGAUCUGAAAGCUGUAUGCUUCUAUAGAUACCAAUAAAUCAUACUAAAACAUAUGCUGGGGAAAACACAACACUGUGUAUUUGUGGAUUAUCAGAGGACACGUCUCGCUGCCCUUCACAAGCCUACAGGUUGCGGGUUAAAAAACGGCUGCAUUAUUGAAUUUGUGAACUGCGACACGUGGGAGUGUACAAUUUCGCUCAGUUCUCUGGAGAGACUUGAAUUUACGAAGAAAAAAAACGUGACUCAAGAGACACACAUUGAUUUUCAGUGGAAUUAAAAGGAACUUCUUGGAUUCUUAAGGAUUUCUUUAAGACUUUUUUUCUUGUCUUUGGGUGGGACUGGGAUGGGGGACGAUAUGUGAAUGACGGUUUGGGCUAUUGUUGUAUUCCCUUGUGAAAAGGAAAUAGCUUGGGUCGGUGUUAGGGUUGGGUGAAAUGGAUGUGAUUUUGUAACGAGCAAAAAUGCCUGGUAGAACAUUUUUAGUUGCUUCAGGCAUCUUAUCUUUUGUAAAAUAACUGUGAACCUCUGUGUAAUUUCAUGUGUAUUAUAUGGACAACGCACUAACUUCAAAUGGGGGGCAGAGUGAAGGGUGGGGUUACGACCCUUGAUCGUCAUCUUUUUACCACGCAUGUGUGUGUGCGUGUUUAUGCUGAGUAUGAGUGUGUGGAUGGAACUGGGUACUCACGAGAAACAAAGCAAAGGUGAAAGGUCUGAGACAAAACAUCUGAUAGGAACCACUCCUGUAGUUGAUCCACUAAAACUUCUGUUUUCAUUGAUACAACACAACUGUAAAGAUUACAAAGAGCUGAGCCUUAAACAAGACAUAAUGUUGAUUCAAAUCAACAGGGAAUUUGGAUCAUAACCAGCAAUCAAAAAUUAAUGCAUCUUGUUUACCACAUCUUGACACCCACAUGAAAACAGACAUCAGUCAUUGUUUGGAAAUUCCAGACUUACAAUGAUUGCUGAAUAUAAAUAAAAUAAAAUAAAAAUUAGAAAUAUAUGCAACUAAUGAAUGUUGAUAUUCAAGUUGUUCCUUGGAUUUAAUCAGCAAUUGACCAUUUUAGUGUUAAGUUAAUAAUUUUUUAGUUUAUCUGCAAUUCUGAGGUCAAUUCUGCGUUUCACCCCAAAAUUGAUAAAACUUAACGGUUGUGCACAAAGAACUGCAUACUUUUAGGUAAACAAAUUAAAUAAAAGAACACUGCAUGGAUAUGAUGAGGUGAAACCAUGACAUCUAUUUUGAAAAGCUGUAUUAGACAAUAAUGGGUUUAAUUAUUCUUAACAAUGCAGCUAAUUUACAGGCAAAGCCUGUUGCAUAAAUGAUUUGUGGUAAGUUUUACUUAUACCUGUGUCUUAAUUUUUUGCCUUUCAUAUUAAUUAUUGAUAGUGCCUGACUUGAUCAUAAAAUCAUGAGUCUGAUUAAUCUCUUCUAAUUGCCAAAUGAUAUUAUGUGAACAUGAAUGAGUACAGUAUUGUUCAAAAUAAUAGCAGUACAAUGUGACUAACCAGAAUAAUCAAGGUUUU